CUAACGCGGUUUGGAACAAUAUGGCGGCCAGAUGAUUGGUUGGAGCAUAGACGAACAUAACAUUUUUAAAUUACAAGCGAAGACAUGCAUGGAAGAAUCAAAGUACGUACAACAGCUGAACAAGCUGAAGCGAAGAGAAAAGAAAGGGAAAAGAAACUGAAAAUUUACACAGAAACAACAAGCCGCAUCUAUGAAAAGAGAAAGAAUGGAGAAAUGGACAAGGAAUCUCUCUCUUUGUCUGAACAGGUCCUUGCAGCUAAUCCAGACUUUUCAACUCUGUGGAACUUCAGGAGAGAGAUUUUCCUCCAUAAGAGAGAUGAGAAUCCACCAGAUGUAAUACAAGACCUUUGCACGAAGGAGUUGUAUUUCCUCAAGAACUGUCUCCAGGUGAACCCAAAAUCAUAUGGUGUUUGGUACCACAGACAAUGGAUCAUGGAAUUCAUGCCUCAGUCUAACUGGAAGGAAGAAUUGCAACUUUGUAAUAAGUUUCUAUCAUAUGAUGAGAGAAAUUUUCACUGUUGGGAUUACAGAAGAUACACAGUACAGAAAGCAAAUGUAUCACCGCAUGAUGAAUUCAACUUUAGCACAGAGAAGAUCAAAGAGAAUUUCUCCAAUUAUUCCUCAUGGCAUUACCGUAGCAAACUUCUUCCAUUGAUUCAUCCUGAUCAGAGUGGAGACAGAGAGAGAGUGGAAGAGGGAGCACUCAUGAAAGAAUUUGAUCUAGCUCAAAAUGCUUAUUUCACUGACCCCUAUGAUCAGAGUGCUUGGUUCUAUCACAGAUGGCUUUUGGGGAGAGCCAGACCACAGAUGGAUAUUUUGUGUUUGUAUGUUAGGUGUGAUGAUACACAUGCAACAGUCAUUGUGAAGUUUACACAGCCAAUCCAGGUUCCUAAAGAAGAUCCACAUGUUUCUAUUUGCGGAGAUGAGGUCCAAGGUCAAUGGAACAACUGUUACUACAACAAUCACCCUUCUACAGUCUGGAUUUAUAGCUGUGGGGAUGGUCACUCAAAUUUUCCAAAUGGAACAACAAUUGAGGUGAAAUUCAUGGGAGGUAAACUAGAGAGGUCUGUGGCAGUACCAGAAGGUGAUUCUGAGGUUUGGUCAUCUGCAACUGAGUCGCAUCUCUUUAGAGCGGAGCUCACAGCUGUCCACAGUUCAGUCCUUCAACAGGAGCUAGAAUCCUGUCGACUCUUGUUGGAAGAGGAACCGAAUAACAAGUGGACGAUGUUAACAAUGGUUUUGUUAAUGCGUGCAUUGGACCCGCUUUCACACGAAAAGGAAACAGAGUUGUAUUUAGAAAAACUUUCUCAGGUGGAUUGCUACAGGCAGGGGUAUUACAAAGAUCUUAAAAGGAAAUUCAAAUUAGAAAACGCCAUUGAGAGACACCGCUCAAAUAAGGAAGAGACAAGGAGGGAAAUUGACCUUUCCAACAUGGACUUGACGUCUUUGUCCCAUAUGGAUCAGCUAGUGCUUAUGAAAAACGUCAACUUGUGUCACAACCAGCUUACCUCCCUCGACGAGUGUAACAUGUUACAAUGCGUGCGCACCAUGGACGUCAGUAAUAAUAACCUGCGGUUCAUCACUAGACGGCAUGCGUUGAAACUUUUUCUUCUAGAGGAGCUGUCUCUUUCAAAUAACAAUAUUACAAAUUUAGAUUGUCUAAGAAGUCUCGAGCACUGCACAUCGCUACGGAAGCUCGAUUUACGAGGAAAUCCAUGUUGUCUGUUGCCAGGUUAUGGAGAUACGGUUAAAUCACUUCUAACGAAUCUUCAAGAACUGGAUGGUGAACAGAUAAAACGAACGCCUUUCAUAGCAUUAUAGUAAUUUUUAUAGAAUUUCUGUUUUCUUUUUGUUUUUUGUGGCUUUGUUAAAUCUGUCGAUUACCCGUAAUUCUCGCAGAUGGGCUCCUGGCGCUUCGAAUCAGAAGAUUUUAUAAUGACAGUAUUGCGCAUGUAAUGAAAGAUUUACAUCAACUACCGAGCAAAUAAAUCAAAGCGUAUAAUGCGUGAGUCAAAGAUUUUGAAAAGCAAUUUAAUUGAAAUACGAAGAAGAAAGCGUUUCGACUUUUCGAUUAUGUUUUUAGCAUCAUCAUCGAGAAAAUUGGAGUUUGAGUCAGGCGAAAAUUAUGAAAUAGUUCGGGCUUAAUGUUAGCUAAUGCAAAUGUUGUCUAUAAAAAACUUGCGGCCAUUGUCAUCGUGCUGAGUGAUUUCAAUCAGCUCUACACACUGAUAUUCUAGUUAGGUCUAUAUUUCUCACUUUUCGUUUCUUAAAAGAACUUUUCUGAAUGAUGACAUUAGUGAAAACAACAAAGCUAUUUUUAUUUAGAUUGUGAGUUUAGUUUAAAACAAUGAUUGCGAUUUCCAAGUAAUGACAAGAGAGAUUAAUAGCUCAUUAUUUUCUCUUGGUAAUGAUUCAAAGUUGCGAAACUGAAAAAGUGGCUCAAAGAUCGGAAGCCGAACUUAAUUGUUAUAAUUCUUUUAAUUUUACAUGCGAUCAGACUUGGCUGGUCGAUUUCCAUAAGAAGAGAAAUAGAACCGCGUUUGUACUAAGUGCAAAUACAUUUUAGGGUAAAACAGCUUACAAAGAAAGUGUGGCGGCCAUAAUUAUUUGAAGAUUGGGACUUCAUGAUCACUUUCGUUUAAUUAAAAGGCAGUUUUAUAUAUUGCUUAUUUUA